ACUGAUGAAUAGUCCUGCUGGUUAAUUCAGUUCCAACCGGAAUACAGACUCGAACGAACGACCGAGCCACUAUAAUCGACCGGUUCCAUUUGUACGUGCAGUGAUUGAUUUCGACUGUAGGCGACUCGGCGCUGCUGACUGGGAAAUCCCUUAUUCAUCACCACCCCCUCUCACGAUCGAACGGCGGUUGUUCGAUUGCAGUUGAACAGCGUGAAAACGAUCGCGAUUACGAGAGGAAAUCAUUAUUAACACCAGCAGAGCGAGCGUUCGCGAGACAAUACUUCGCAUUGCGAAGGGAGAGUAAUCUCUCGCUUUCUCUAUCCAUUUCUCGGGGAUACAUUCUAGGAGCAGAUAUUCGAUUGUUUUGAGAAAAUUUUACACAUUUUCGUGAAUGUCAAAUUCCACCCAAUCAGCGCUUAUGCUGCGUUCGGUGCGGCUUUUCCGAAGAGUGAGGUGCGAUCAGUUGUAUUGUUCCGCUCGGGAUCAACGCCGGUGCGUCGCGCUUCUGUCGCGGUAGAGAUUAAAGGAAUUUUGAGACACCAGUAGGUGGUAGUUUUGGGGAAAAAUCCCAAGUGUGGCAGUGUAAAACUUGUGAAGCGCCAGUGCGAGUAAUGACGCAAUGAUGGCAGUUGAUAAAUGUGGCUCCAAGGCGAUCAAAUCCACACAAAUAACCGAUCGCUUUGCCAAAACACACUUGAAUCCGUAACGGCUCACAACUCUGUCGGUCCCUCGAAAGCGCAAUCAGGCGGCAAUUUUCCAUUGGUUCUCGUCUGCUGUACGCUAUAUAUAAAACCGAGCGCGAUGAUCUUUGCAGUGCUGCGGCGUCUCUAUUUAAAACCAUAACAACGAGAGAAGUAUGGUUAAAUUGAAAGAAAAAUAGUACUUGCGUGUGUUACAAACGACCAGCCCCAACUCCUCUGCUUGCCACCGAGACGAAACAAAAAAAAAAAACAGUCGGAGGCAAAAAACAACGCGGAACCACAGCGAAAGGAAACAGGCCAUUAGCCUGCCGUUGCUGCUAGGAUCAGCUCGCGAGAGUCCGAUGCUCCGAUGAAAGCAGGAAAUCGAAAGCAAACGGUCCUGACCGGUGACGAAUUCUACAUCAAAAUGCAACAAGUCGUCGUAAUUACGUAUUGUUGUCAGUGAUCUCAUCCGAGUACCCUUUUCAUUCACCUUCGAAACGCGAGUGACGACGGUACGCCGAACCACCAGUGAGAAUCAGUGCAGUGUGUGACCUAUUUCGUGUGAAACCUUGACAAAUUCUCUGUGCUUAUUUCUGCAUCACGACGUCGACCCCAACCUCGGUGAAUAUUGUGAUGAAAAUUGUUGAAAUGGUUGUGCGUGGGAACUAAAAUGAAAUCGGUCUCAGCCUUCGUCGGUUGUUGACCACAAAGGACAGGAAAAAAUGGCAACCAGCUCAGCUGAUGGUGUCCAAGGGUCAAAGCAAUUGGCUCCGGAAAUCACCGCCGAGUGGACGGUGCAUGCGCAAUUGACCCUUUCCCAUCCGGGGAAUUCAAAGCUGGGCGCCGCUAGCAAGGAUGAUUCCAGGCCAACAGUCGGUGAGUCUGUCAAUGACGAGAAUGCAGGUGACUCAGUACCAGCCGCCGCUACCAGCAACGGGUGCAACCAAAAUCCGCCCCUGAAGGUGGUUUAUAAAUUUAGUACCAACGCCGACUCACCUCAUGGAAUCGUUACUACCGGUAGUAAUAAUUUACCCGCCGCUACUGCAGGCCUUCCAACUGGCGAUGCCAGUGGCACUAUGAUAUUCAAACAAGGCGGUACUAUUUUUAACGCCACCGAUUCGGCGUCUGGUCAGCAAUUACGUGUUAUGAGUCCCAAUCGGUACGCAAAUACGCUGGAACCAAAUGUCACUGCCGUACAGCCAGGCGCUAAACCUCAGGCGAUCUCGGUUACUUCCCAACUGUUUCCCAAAUGCUCCAGUACCUGCAGUAUAGUUUUAACAGCCGAUUUGCUCCCGGUACCAACCAGUGGCGAACCUAUCAACGUCAACGUUAAUAAAUGCGCCUCCACCAAUACUGUUCCGAAAACGGCAGACAAAUAUACUUGUUUCCCGGAAAAGCCUUACAACGAUCCGAUAACCGCCAACGUCAAGGACGUAAGCUGCCAGACAAGUGACAUCGAGAGCGCCACACGAAGAGCGGCUCAAAACGCCGCUGAAGAUCUACGGAGUCAGCAAAAGAAAGCAGCAGAAGCUCUGCUGUCGCCGAUCCUGUCCCGUCGAGAUGACCAAUACGGCCCUCAGCUAGCACGCAAAUCUCCCACCUCGCCAACGAACAUCGUUUCACCCAGCAACACACUCCAGUCGCAACGUUCGAGUUUGAAGGACAGUAAGAAGAAACCGCGCACCGUCCACAUCGAUGUCUACUGUACGGGCUCCGAUGCGGAAUCUUCCAGUACCGAUGAGUCCUCCAUUAGAUCGGUUUCAUCUUCGUCAUCCGGCAGUCGGUUCGAUACCAGCCACUUGGAACCCAUCGACACUAGAACCCCCUCAAAUGCUACGCAUCCAACGAUCUUCGAAUCGGAAGAAAUGAAGGUCCACCACAAGCGAGCAGCGAAGCAUGAUAUUCCUCGACGGCGGUUGUUGCAGCAAACCGUCGAUCAAAGCACAUUGUCAACCACGGGUAGUCUGAAGAAAACUAAUUCUCAUACUCGGAAACCGGUCAAAAGAAGCAACACGAAGGAGGAAAUCCAUGAAUCCAAACAAAUGCUGCUGAACAAAAUUUUGGGCGACCAAAAGGACGGCGAAAGCUUUCCCAGCUUAGAAUAUCUUCAGCACGUCACUAGCGACGAUAAUCUUAGUUCAAACUAUCCUUUCUCCGUACGAUCACCGAAACGGGACAUCACAGGAAGCAGUCUAUCCAGUGCCCUCGCCGAUUUUGAGGAAGCAACCACCAGCGCCAACCCGACCCCCAGUGCAAAAGUUGUGAUCCACUCCGACAGUUUCGAGUACGAAAACAGCGAAGAUCGGUACCGCAUCAAUCAGAUGGAACGUCUGUGGGGCAAGCAGACCUGGAAGAGUCCCUCCGUCGAGCGAAAACUGCUGGAGAUCCACAACCCGAAGCGGCGCGCCAACAGCGAGUCGGACAACAAUCUCUCCGAGUCGGACCACAGCUUCAUUUUCGACAACAAUCCUCCAAAACCGAACGAAUCCGUUCAUUCACUAAACAGCGACUCAAGCCCAUCAACGGUGAAGAGCAAUCGAACACCGUCGAAUGUGGAUUCCAGCCCCAAACGGUUCCUCCAACAAGCGCUGUUGACUGUCAGCAACUCGGCAACCUUUCCGCCUCGUUCGUGGUCUCCAAUUGAGGGAUACACUAGCGAAUAUCUUGCCCUGGCAAGACGCUUCGGUAGCUUAAUAACGGGAAGACGAAAACCGGGCGUUCAUAUAGGCCCGGUACGGAAUCCCGAGUGUCCCUGCGAACAUUGCCGCCGGUGGAUACUCGAGCGGGAUGGUGGCCCGCAUGAAAGGGCCCACUCUGUUGAAAUACCCGCUAAUAUCGUCGACAUGAGGAAACAGUUUCACCUGAGGAAUCGACAUGAAUGACAUGUAUUGAAGUGGACUCGGAAUAUUGCUUACGCGCUGUAAAUAAUGCUUUUAUAGAAGUGCAUUUUCAUCGUUUUAUUCAGUUUUAGAGUAGCUUUCCGUUCGUUUAUUCGUCGAUAAUGGAACCAAGUUAAGUAAGCAGGAACAGUUUAAUAUAUGUGCGGUUAAUAAA